GCCAAACAUGGAGGUCCUCCAUGCAGGCUUUGGAACAACACUUGACCGGUCUGCUCACUACUCCAGAUCUGGGAAUGAUCGACGUGUCUUGUAUGGAUGUAGUCAUGAGAGUGGCCCCUAAAGAAUACCUCUCCCUACUAGCACUCAAAGACCAUACUACCUGGCGAGAGCUCAUGACGGAUCUAGUCAACCUAGAGGCCAAGGACCUCGCCAGGCGGAAGAAGGCGCCCGCUGCAUGUGGGAAACCACAACGCAAGCGGUAUGGGAGCAGCAACCAGCUUGCACUGCAUGAUCAUCGAGAGGUUGAAGAUCAGUCCUACGCGGAUGAUUUGUCUCUAGAUGACGAUCUAGAGUCGGACUCCGAUAUGGGCUGUUCCACAUCAGCCAUUGAGUUUGACGUAAAUGAAGAUGAAAAACUUAAUGCUUUUAGAAAGACUGCUUCAAACAAGGGGCCUAACUGUGGUUCGGGUAAGGGAACUGUUGUCCACCUCCGCAAGAAUGCGAAGAUCCCUGAGAAACCGGAGGAUGCGUCUACCAAGCCUUGGGAAACCCUCCGACUGUUACAGACUCCAGGGAAACAAGCAAAGGGCGUAGAGGAGUCAUCAGCACUCCCUACAACAAGGGAAGCUGGAACAUCAGUUGCAGGCCUCUCUAACGAGCCUGAAUCUGAUCAACAACCCACUCCUGAAGCCCCGAACGACGCUGAUUCCAAGGCUGUUGCAGUUCAUGUGUUGUACACUGAGCCUUGGGAGGAGUCUAAGGAAGUUGACUUCCACGCUCACAUGGAACAUUGGCUGCAGCUCAAGCAGCAACGCCGUGUUCAAGGGAGUGUGGAGCUAACCUUCUUUAAACUGCUCAUCUACCGCCGAUACAUCCGCGUGCUGAUUGACAGUGGUUCAACCACUAAUUUUUUUUCUCAUAAUGGGAUUCGUAAGGCGGGCCUGGGAAUGAAGCAAGUGGAACUGCAGAACCCUUGUCAGACCAAGGUGGGCAACCAAGAGUUUGUCACCUCUACACAUGCUGUCAAAGGUGUGCGCGUCACCUUUGACAAGGACCACACUGUCACACAUGAGCUCAACUUCUACGUCAUGGACCAGUGUUCGUUCGACGCGGUCAUUGGCUUGGGCUGGCUAAAGGCUCAUUGCCUAAGGACCACGUGGGCGGACAACCAGUUGGUGGUGCGUGAUGCCAAGGGGAACGAGCGUACCGUCCUAUUGGAUGAGACACGCGAGUUCCCUGUGACUCUUCUAAGUGCAACCAAACUCAGCAAAUCAGUGCGCAGGCGCAAGGAGAUUGAGCAUGUACAUGUAGCUUUUGUAAAGCCUCUCCAUGUGCCUUCUACUUUUGCUGCAUUUUCUACCACGGUAAGUAACUCUACUUCUAUCACCGCUACUUCUAAUCCAUCUACUUCUAUUGUGAAUAAUCCUUCUACUUUUGAUCCAAGUACUUCUAAUCCGGUUGUCAUUGCCGUAAAUUCUCAGUCUAAUUUUCUAUCUCCUGAUGAGGAUGAUCCUCCACCGGAAGUCCCAGCAAACAUUCGCCAGCUAUUAGAUCGAUUCCCUGAAGUUUUGGCCGAGCCUCGUGGAGUUUCCGAGCGUCCGGUCAAACACAAAAUCGAGAUAAUAGAGGGGAGUGUUCCUCCAAAGGGCUGCAUCUACCGUAUGGGACAAGGCGAGUUGAAGGAGUUGAGGAGGCAGAUUGAUGAUAUGGUUGACCGUGGAUGGAUUAGUCCCAGUGAGUCUGAGUUUGGUGCACCUGUCCUGUUUGUGCCAAAGAAAGGAGGCAAACUCCGAAUGUGUAUUGACUAUCGUGGCCUUAAUCGGAUCACCAGAAAGAAUGCUUACCCUUUGCCUCGCAUAGAUGAUUUGCUAGAUGCGGCAGGUGGCUGCAAGGUCUUCUCCAAGAUCGACCUCAAAUCUGGUUACCACCAGAUUGAAGUUGAUCCGAGUUAUCAGCACAAGACUGCAUUCAAAACACGCGAUGGGCUGUACGAGUUCAUCGUUAUGCCCUUCGGUCUUACGAAUGCACCGGCCACAUUUCACUGCCUCAUGGACAAGGUACUUCGCCAUCAACUCAACAGGAAACUGAAGGAGGAUCUGGUCGAACACACCGCCAAGGAUCCGGACCUUAGUCCCAUCCUUGAGCAGCUCAAGGCUGACCCUAACAGUCAGCCUGAUUUUCAUGAGUGCGAGGGUCUUGUAUUCCGCCGGUAUGGGAAGUUCGACCGUUUGUGUGUACCCAACCAUGCGCCUCUCCGAACUCAUUUCUUGGAUCUGGCACAUGGUCGGAGUGGACAUUUCGGCUUUGAGAAGACUUAUGGAAGUCUUCUGCAGCAGUUUGAUUGGCCAGGAAUGAAAGGAUCUGCUCAGAAAUUUAUUGCUGAAUGUCAGGUAUGUCAGAGAACCAAGGUCCACAGGCAUAAGCCUUAUGGCCUGCUAAGACCCCUCCCCAUUCCUGAUGGACCCGGUGAAUCGAUCUCCAUCAACUUCACGGACAUGGGAAAGGUGAGUGAAGCAGGGAAUUCACAGGUCAUGGUCAUCGUGGAUCGUUUCUCCAAAUUUAUGAAUCUGAUUCCUUUCCCUCCCCAUGCACCAACCGAGCUUGUCAUCGAAGAGUUCCAUCAGCAGUAUAUUCUGCAGUAUGGCCAAUCGAAAACCAUUGUGAUUGAUCGGUACACCCGAUUCAUUAGUAAAGAUUGGAAGGACUUCACCUCUCAAAUCUAUGACAUUAAACUGAACAGGACUUCUGGUCGACACCCCGAAGCCAAUGGAUUGGCCGAGGAGAUCAACAAGACUGUCAUCCAACUACUGCGCGCAUUGAUUGUUCCAGAUCACAACACGUGGGACAAGGAGCUGCACAAAGUGAAGAGGCUGUAUAACAACUCCAUUCACUCUGCAACUGGCAUGACACCAAACCAGUUGCAAUAUGGUUGGCCGAUGCGUAACCCCCUCUCCUAUCUGUUCCCUGAACGGUCACCUUGUCUGAUGCCCGACAUGCCUGGCUACAAUGCCAAGUACGCAUGCUUGCUCAAAGUUGUUAUUGCAGCCAUGAACAAGCGCCAACAUGCCAUGAUCAAACAUGCUAACAAGUUGCGCAAAGAAGAAAAAUUCAAAGUAGGGGAUUAUGUUUGGGUUAAAAUGUCUGAGUUUUCUGAUGAAGAGGGCAUAUCACGAAAACUCCUUCCAUUGUACUAUGGCCCUUGGCAGAUUCUGAAGGUGAUUGGGGAUGAUUUUGGUCCUUCAUAUGUGAUUGWCGUGCCUCCUCAUCUGCGCACGUAUCCGGUCUUUCAUGCGUCCAAACUGUUCCCACACAUUGAUGAUGAGACGUUUCCCUUCCGAGACCCUAUGAUACCUCGCUUUAUCGACGACGGCCGUGAGAUAGAAAAAAUCGUUUCUCACGAGGGAAGAGGGAGGAACAAACAGUACAAGCUUCACUUCCUCUAUCACCCGUUGACUGAAUUCUUCUGGAUUGACCGAAAAGAGUUGCUAAAGAGUGCUCCCCGUGUUCCCGCGGGGGAGGGCGACAAGGAAGAGGCCGUGGCAGAGGAAGAGGAGGCCGCGGUCGUGGAGGAAGAGGACCCGACACCUAGAGGGGUGGUGACGAAGGAAGCUACUACGUGGGAGGAAGGGGCAAUGGUCCCGCGCAAGGUGGCCGAGGACCCAACUCCACAUGGGGAAGAGGAAGAGGCACGUGGAUUGAGAACUGGGAUCGUUCACGGGGAUGACAUCAAACCGGAAGAUGCAAAGAUUGCAGCCAUUCGAGAUUGGCCUAACCCACGUACAUUGACGGAACUACGAUCGUUCCUUGGAUUGGCUAGCUACUAUCGUAAAUUCAGCGCCCAGCUCUCCACCGCGGCUAUGGUGGAGGAGCACAGGCUGGAGGAGGAGGAAGACAAGGACUGGGAAGAGGGACAGAGCCAGAGCAUGGCAGACAUCUCAUCUCCCCAAUGGCAGGCCAUGAUGGACGCAGCGAACGAGAGCGAGAAACCAUUUUUUCAGAAACUUUAUGAGGACGUGAUACACAGAGAGAGGGAGGCAGAGGCACCAUCCAAAGCCACAAGUAUUGCUACCCAAGUGACCCUCCUCGAGGUUCCGGAGUCUAGGGAUGCCUGGUUCCAAGAGAAGCUAGCUGCUGCUGUUGCAACCUUGGUUCAACUGCGGAUCUUGGAAGAUCUUGAGUCCUGUGUGACAACUCUAGAGCAGCAUAACCAAGAGCUGCAGGUUGAGAUCGUCAGCCUCAAACAAACCCAACUGGCUGCCCCCAGUCCUCCUAAUCCUUGUCCUGCCGCAGUCCCAAUCACUCACCCUAACACAGUCCUCAUGCAGAGAGCAAGUGGAACUGUGACGAGCGCAGGAAUCGGUGCCAGCUUCUCAAGCGGCAGCACCGACAUUUUUGCACUGGUCCUAGUCCCAAAUGCAGGAACAUCAGCCCAAAACGCCGCAGUUCUUACUGACGUACAAUACAACGGUCCCAUAGUGGACAAGAGGGCGGCCACACUGCCAUCCAAGUACGAUGGGAAGCGGGACAUCACCUCUUGUAUCAGCUCCAUGCGCUCAUACUUCGAGGUACUGCGAACACCGCAGGAAGACUGAAGCAUGAUCAUGGGCACAAAUACUGAGCCCGUCGUACUGAGUUUCAUAGAACUCCAAGCUGUUAGUGCAGGUCAUGAGAGAAUUGACCUGACUGAGUGGUUGAAAGUAAAUUCUGUACGUACUC